GCAAAUCCGGCCGGGGACUGCCACACACCCGACAGGCACACCACCAGUCGAGAGCGCUACUACGCUGCUUAGAGGUACUGUGAUAGUAGUGUACGCACCAACGCGGAAUCAAAAGCGCCGUCGUGCGCCGUCCACUGAGAAAGGGUGAUGGAGGGGUAUUUGGGGUUCUCCAGUCCCAUCACAUCACUCACUGCGUCACGGUUCUCUCCUCUACCUACAACUGCCUUCUUCAAUCGUUCAUUAAAACCAGCCCUCCGCUUCUUCACGCCCAAAGACAAACACAAGAACCCGGACAAACCCCUCCCACUUUUUUGAACUAGGAGGCAAACUUUGAUCCUAGUGCUUUUUCCCCCCUCUUUACGGUGACUCAGUCGUUACCAGCGCGACUUGUUUUGGAUCGCUUUUCUCCAUUCCUCAAACCAAAACAAAACAUCAUUCCAAGCACCAUUCGUUUUCAGAAAAAGGGGACCCCAGAAAAAGGGAACGUGCACUGCAGUGGACGCGCGCAUCACUCCCUCCACAAAACGCUCUGCCGAUCCGCCCUAGCAGAGCUGUCGCAUCCACUCACUGCACUGCGCUCCGCCCAUUGAAUAGGUCAACAAAAGAAGACGACCUACCUACCUACGGACCAGGAACACUCUCCCCCCUUCGAGAUAGUUCCCGUCCACUUGCUUCUUUCAUGACCGCAUUUGAGUACGUCCAGUCCCGCUUCAUUUUGCGACUUCGCUCUUUUUUCUUCUUUCAUCAUAUCAUCGCGGCAACACUUCUUAUUUCUCAAGACGACCAUUCGUUCUGGCAAUAGCUGCAUCGCGCCAACGUUACAUCCACAUUACAACAACCUGGAACUACAUAGCUGACGCGCGCCUCCAAUCCCGGCUUCUUUUGUCUUCAGGUCCCUCAUUUCUGGCAGUGGCACCUUGUUUGGACAACUGCGCGCCAUGAUAGAGGUAGCCAUGUCAGCCUCACGCGACAUAGCCGGCCCAUCGCCGGGCCCUACACAACAACCCCCGGCCUCAGCCUCCGAAAUUCACAGCCCCGCCUUCAGCAGCCAAAGUACCGAUGCAUCGACGUCAUCGCCGCCGCGCCGGAAACGGACCAACCCAAAGAAACGAAAGGUUCCCCGGGUAUACCGCCCCGAUGAAGGCUCUAUAUACGACAUAAUGCACGACAAUUCUGGCAAAUCGCUUUACGUUCUUCCCAUUUGCUGGACAGAUCUCCAUGCCACGCUCCUUGGCGCAUCGUUCACCGAAGGUGCCCCUAUUGUCACGCCGGUACCGGAAUCUAUUCAUGGGCAAUGGCUCGAUCCUUCGCUCCUUGCGCGCCAGCUCACCGACCAACUUCACACCCUUAUCAGGAACGAACCGUCCAUGACACGAGUAUUUUGCAAAAACAUGGCCAUGAAGAACGCAAUGGGCAUCUUUUUCCCGGAUAGGCUAGCAAACCCCAAGAUGAACGCCGAGCUUGACAUUUACUUUGGCCAGCGCGUCUUCCGGAAGGCGGUGCGCAUCCCGUGCCUGUGGAAGACACCCAUCGGCAGUUCAUUCGCAACAAUACCCACGGUCCCAAACGACUCCUUUUACGUACCCAACAGCCCGCAGGAGCCGCAGCCUGAAAUACCCCAGCAGACACCCAACAUGCCGAUUCUAGCCUACUUCAACAAGUCGCAGCUAGCUUUAAUACGACAAAACCUGUUUAGGAUUAUUCAGACGCCCUUCAACCCCAAUGACGCUGUCGCCGGUCUACAAGCACUACGCUCGAAACAUUUGAUACCCGCCGACGUCGAUCAGGAUCCGUAUCUUGUCGCGAUGAUGGUCUCCAUGGCGCAAUCGAAUUUCUACCAGGACGCUUUGUACUCGCAAAAAUCCGACUCCCAACAAUCCACGCGUUCCAGCAACGGCAAACUCUUCGAGCUUACGGAACCAAAGUUCGAGGAUACCAAGGUUGCAAUCAUUGCCCACGACGAGGGCAUCGAGAACAACCCCCGGUUCCUUGUCUACACGGCGACGGUUACGGCAGAUUACAUGGAGCGGUGGCUGUACCCGCUCAAGGUACCCCAAUCGUCCAAGAAAGCGAAGAAGCAGAUCAGUCUCGACAUAACAAUGACGCCCGUCCCCUUCUGGCCCAUUCUCGGUUUGAAAGAGCGUCUAGCGAGGGCGCUGGGUAAGGACCUUGUCGGUCCGGACGUGUACUCCGACCUCUAUCCCGAUCACAUCGGCUUCUGGGACCUCCUCGUGGAGCCACGCAAAGGCGCUACCAACAACAGCACACCACCGAAGAACGAAUCCAACUCGAGGAAACGACGUGCUGAUAGGCAAGGAGGAAGGGAGUCGCAAAGUAGUCCGAGCAGUCAGAGUCAAAGUCAAAGUCAGAGUCAAAGUCAAAGUCAGAGUCAAAGACAGAGUCAGGGCAGUCAGGGCUACAACAGCCAGGGAAGCGCCACGAGCUCCCAGAGCCAGAGCAGGGGGGAUAGUGAGAGUGAUAGCCAACGGGAACCCUUGUCCGAGGUUUAUAACAGCAGCUUCGAGGAGGAGGCGCCCGAGAGCGACGCCACUACGAGCCCUACGAGAUCUGAGGCGGACCGAACAGACCGAGCAGAUCGUGAUCGGCCCGUACUAAGUCCGAACACUAAGAGGAGGAGGACGGCGAGGUCUGUCAGUGCUGUGGAGGUCCGUUAGUUGCUGACUCACAGUCGGUCGAUCGACUGAUGGUUCGUGAGGUGAGAUCAUGAUCAUGAGGCUCCUUUCUUGUCUAUGCUAUCUACGCACACAUUGUAUUUGUUAUGAGUCAUGUUCUAUUGUCGUCUGGGUAUCGUGUAUGUUUGUCGUGUUAUCUCCGUGUCACUGGAAGUGCAUGGGUUUAAGAAAGGCUAAACGGGAUGCGUGGGAUGGAAGGCAUAGAAAGAGGAGGAAACCACGAACGGGCCUGCUUUGCGUUACGAGGAUGGCGUCUCAGAUGGGAAGCUUGGGAAACAUGGAAACGAUACCCCCUUUGCAAAUCCAACUUGUGGCUCGUUUGAUCAAUUCGGAUAUGGUAUAUCGAAGUUGGUGUUGAGAUAACUGGUGUCCCGCUGAUAAUAGUGUUGGUGUCAAGUGGAAUGGUUCUGCUAGAUGUCUGUUUGGUUCCUGUAAAGAUAUACGAUGAUGGGUAUGGCGUUUGUGUAAGAACACACGUACUGUUGGUUUUGGAUUAAAGAAGACCCCUCGCCCCUCAGGGCCAUGUAAUUGUUCAUCUUCGAGCGUUUGUUAGCAGUCAAUGUUGCAUCGAGUUUGUCAG